AUGAUUGGGGAUUCAAGUGGACAUAUUUCUUCUGGUGGUUCAUCUAAUACUUCUACAGUUCCACUUAUGAGUUUUGGAGCAUGUUCAACAAGUAAUCCAAGCUAUCAGGCUGCUGUACCGUCUUCAUCCGUUCAUGGUGGUUUCACUUCUGGAGCGUGCUCGAUAAAUAAUCCAAGCUACCAAGCUAUUGUACCGUCUUCUGCAGGAUAUGGUACCUUGUCAAGCAAAGCUUAUAAUUCAUAUAAACCAAGUUUGCAAUCUACUGAUUCGCAUUCAUCGAGCUAUCAUAGUCGAUCUAGUUAUCCUAGUAAUUCGCACAAAUCCAGUUCAAAGUUUGUUUACUCUGCCCAAGUGAAAUCUGAUACACCGUCAUAUAAAACCUCUAAAUGGUUUAAUCAGAGUUCUAAAAACAAACAUUCAUUAACGACAAAAAACUAUGGACAAUCGAAUACGAGUUUGACCUUGAAGAAAUCGCGUUCUCAUUCUGUCACAUCGUACUCAACUCAUUAUCCUAAUCCAAAUUUUAUUCGACUUCUGCCAGUAUCAACACAAUUUCCAGAUCAUAAGUUGUUACCUAAGUCAAUGAAGAAUAUGUCUAUAUCAGAUCAGGUAGUCAAUUUUUAUCCAGUACAUAAAAAAGGUCCAAAUUAUCUCAAAUAUUGUACUGGAUGGUUAUCUGAUGAGGAGAAGCCUCGUAGCAUGAGAGAUUGUAUUUGGCAAUACACAUCAGGUCCAAAUUGGUAUUGCACCGAAGUCAAUAUGGCAUUAGCAUCAGAUUCACCAAAAUUAAAAUCUUAUGGACCAUACAUCAGACAAUUGAAAUAUUCUAUUGGUAUGUCACAAAUGAAAUUCUUGGGUGUCGUAUUUCGAGGUGCAGAUAUGUCACCGAGUGAAAUUCAAGCCUAUGAAACGAAAAAUAUCUUUUUCAUUCCAAGUUUCACAUCAACAUCGAAGUCGAUGCCAUUUAAAGAUAAGAAUACAUUAUUUCACAUUGAUAUUACUCCAGAAUGGUCAAAAUUUUGUAUGGAGAUUCGACCAGAACAUACAAAGUAUCUCGGUGAAGAAGAAAUAUUAUUUUCUUGUUACAAUCUAUAUCAAUAUCAAAGAACAGAGAAGUCUAAUGGACAACGAAUUAUAAAGCUAACUUUAAUGAAUUAUGACAAAUACUUUGACUAUCGAACAAAUACUAUCUUAGAUUAUUAUUCUUGACUAAGAACAUAUCUUGAUCUACAUAUUAUAUGUACUAAUCCUUGCUAACCUAUCUAUAUCAUAUAUGAGAAAAUUUUUAAUGAUUUACACAUAUAAGCCAUAUGAAGGUGUGGGUGUGGAGUGUGGAUGUGGGUGUAGGCAAUUAUUCACACGCGCACACACCCACACUCACCUUUUUUUCUUUCUUAUCUUUGAUAUUUUACUUCAUGUCAAAGCGUUUUUUCUUUUGUUCAUUUUCAGUGAUUAAUUAGAAAUGAACGUUUUACAACUGAACAAAAUUAAAACAUAAUUUAUUUCAUCAAAUAUUCUGUUAACCAUUAAUAAUAUUUAUUCUGUGUAUAAUGGAUAAAAAUGAUGAACAUGGUUUAAGUUUUCAAGAAAACAUAACUUACACAAUUUCAUCAAUGAAGAUUACGUAUAUAGUUUAUUGGAACAUACUAACAUACUUUGGCAGCACUUGUCACGUGAAACUUUAAGAAAAAAAUAAAGACCUAUUUUGAAAGAGUAUAAAUUAUAAAUAAUUUUUGUCAUAAUUUUUCUGAUGAAGACAUCUUUUUACUAGUGCAUUUCAACAUUGAUUAGCAUUUCCAACUAUGGUUGUUUUUAUAAGCUCAUGCACUAUCAUACAAGAAGAAUAGAUUUAUUACCAAUUUUAAUUAAUUUGUUCAGUUGGUUUUCAUAAGGAAGAUGAAAAGUACCUUCGAGUGAUAAAAGAAGUUUUAGUACCAAAUUUAUGAGUAACAUAGAUAAAUCGUUUUUUUUAACUAAAUUUCGAAAAAAGUUAGAAGAAACUAUGCUAUUCAAUAUCAUAAUAAAGAUAUAUUUCUAUCUUUU